AUGGAGGAUCAAUCCAAUAAACCCCACCGGAAGUCCAAGGACAAGGGGAAGAAGAAAGACCAUGGAGGUCCUAACCCCAAAGCAUUUGCGGUGUCGAACCCAGGAAAAUUAGCGAGACAGGCAGCUAGGUCGCACGAUAUAAAAGAGAAAAGGCUACAUGUUCCGCUCGUGGAUCGCCUACCGGAGGAGCCUCCGCCGAUUAUUGUCACGGUCGUUGGACCGCCGGGGGUCGGAAAAACGACACUCAUCAAGUCAUUGAUUAAGCGAUAUUCGAAACACUCCCUCAGCUCGAUCACCGGCCCUUUAACUGUCGUGACUUCUAAAAAGCGGCGGUUGACUUUCCUAGAAUGUCCCUCGGAUUCUUUGGCGAGCAUGAUAGAUGUCGCAAAGAUCGCUGAUAUCGUAUUGCUCAUGAUCGACGGCAACUAUGGCUUCGAGAUGGAGACUAUGGAGUUCCUCAAUGCGCUUUCUGCUAGUGGAAUGCCAGGAAACGUCUUUGGUAUACUUACCCAUCUUGAUCUAUUCAAGAAGCAGAGCACACUACGGAUGGCGAAGAAGAGACUAAAGCAUCGGUUCUGGAGCGAGUUAUAUCAAGGCGCUAAGCUCUUUUAUCUUUCUGGAGUGAUUAAUGGGCGAUAUCCGGACCGAGAAAUUCAUAAUCUUUCCCGAUUCUUAUCCAUCAUGAAGAACCCGCGACCACUUAUAUGGCGAAACUCGCAUCCAUAUUGCCUAGCGGACAGGUUCUUAGAUAUCACCCCUCCAACCGCCAAGGAAGAAAAUCCCAAGUGUGACAGGACAGUUGCUCUCUAUGGGUACCUCAGAGGUACUAACUUUCCAGCUGUUGGCGCAAGAGUACAUGUCCCAGGUGUUGGCGAUCUUAACGUCGCCUCGAUCGAAGCGCUCCCUGACCCUUGUCCUACGCCCGCCAUGGACCAAGCAAUUGCUAAGGCUGCAGGCAAAUCUGGUCGGAAAAGAUUAGGCGAGAAGCAAAAACUUCUAUUUGCGCCAAUGGCUGAUGUUGGUGGUGUUUUGGUGGAUAAAGACGCUGUCUACAUCGAUGUCAGAACAGCUACAUUUAACAGAGAUGAAGACGAUGAGGCGACAGAGGAAAGAGGCUUGGGAGAGCAGAUGAUUGUUGGCCUACAAGGCGAGAGAAAGCUACUUGGAGACACAGAGGCUGGUGUUAGACUAUUCAAAGAUGGUGACGCCAUUGCCAAUGUCAAUGCUGAGGAGUCCGAGCACCUCGGGAGAAACGAGAGGAGAAAAGCCCGAUUUAUCGAAGACCACGAGAAUGGGCACGACCUAGAAGGUGACGAGGAUGAAGGACUUGAGAGCGAGGACGAGGAAGAGGAUGAGGAAGAAUAUGGGAGCGACAUAGAAGAGGACGACGAAGGGCCGGGCGUUGACUUUGCAUCAAAAUUCAGGGAAAAGCAGAACGGAACUUCCAAUGGAAAGGGUGAGGAAGACCUUGCCUUUGCUGAUAGCGACUCGGAUCUCGGCUCCAUAUCAUCUGUGGAAGACCAAGAGCUAGAAAGCGCGCCCAGCGACUACGAGGGAGAAGACGAUGGAGAAAUGCGCUGGAAGGAAAACCUGACCGCCAAUGCCAAAGCAAUGUUUAGCAAGAAACCCGCCUACAGGAUAGCAGAGCUCACCCGCAUGCUUUACGACGACUCCAUAACUCCAGCCGAUGUGGCCAGACGAUGGAGCGGGGAGGAUGUUUUAGAUGAUGCCCAGGAUGGUGCUGAGGAUGAGGCUGACGACUUCUUCAAGAAGACCAACGCUGAAAAGGGGGGGUUAGAUGACCGCACCAUUCCUAUUUACAACUAUGAUGAACUUGAACAGAAAUGGCAGGACAAAGAUAACCUCGAUGCACUUCGUCAACGAUUUGCAAGCGUCAAAUUCUCAAAACAUCGAUCCGGCAAAGAGGGUUCCGGGGAAGACGACGAUGAAGAAGGGUUUGGGGAUACAGACUCAGACGACGAAGGGGAUGGAGCAUUCGCAGAUCUUGAAACAGGCGAGGUCUUCGGAGGCGACGAGGAGUCUAAAGAAGAGGACGAGGAGGAUGAUGAAGACGGCGAGCCAGAGGACCUUAAUGCAGAACGUGAGCGUAAUGCAAGGCGGAAAGAGGAGUUGAAGCUUCGCUUCGAAGAAGAAGACCGAGAAGGCUUCGGCAACUCAAAGGACGGGGCGAGAGCCGCAGGACAGCCUCAAAACGAAGAACAGUUCGGCGAGGAUGAGUGGUAUGACGCUCAGAAGGCUGCACUCCAGAAACAAGCCGACAUCAACCGUGCUGAGUUUGACACGCUUGAUGCACUCUCAAGGGCGAGAGCAGAAGGUUACAAGGCUGGAACUUAUGCCAGAAUUGUUCUGGAGAACGUUCCCUGCGAGUUCUCCGAGGGCUUUAAUCCUCGAUUCCCCGUUAUCGUGGGAGGCUUAGCCCCUACGGAAGAUCGGUUCGGUUUCGUUCAGGUGCGAAUCAAGCGCCAUCGCUGGCACAAGAAGAUCUUGAAGACAAACGAUCCCCUGAUUUUCUCCCUGGGGUGGCGCCGAUUCCAGACGAUGCCGGUCUACAGCAUCUCAGACUCUCGAACUCGCAACAGAAUGCUGAAAUAUACACCUGAGCAUAUGCACUGCUUCGGCACAUUCUACGGGCCCCUAGUUGCCCCUAAUACAGGUUUCUGCUGUGUGCAGUCGUUUUCGAACAAGAAUCCUGGGUUCAGGAUAGCCGCUAGUGGUGUCAUUUUGAGCGUCGACGAAGGCACCGAGAUCGUCAAGAAAUUGAAACUUACCGGUCAACCUUACAAGAUUUUCCGCAACACAGCGUUUAUCAAGAACAUGUUCAACUCCUCUCUGGAAAUCGCCAAGUUCGAGGGAGCUGCCAUCCGUACCGUUUCCGGCAUUCGUGGUCAGAUCAAGCGAGCUCUCAGCAAGCCAGAGGGCCAUUUCCGUGCCACCUUUGAAGAUAAGAUCCUCAUGAGCGACAUUGUCUUCUUACGAACUUGGUACCCCGUCAAGCCCUUUCGGUACUAUAAUCCGGUCACCAACCUGCUUGACUAUAAGGACUCCGAAACCGGCACAAGUGCAGAAUGGCAAGGCAUGCGUCUAACCGGAGAAGUGCGACGAGAUCAAAACAUUGCUACACCUCUGGAGAAGGACUCUGCUUACCGCAAGAUCGAGAGAUCAACCAGACACUUUAACCCCCUGCGGGUACCUAGGCAGCUCGCGGCCGACCUCCCGUUCAAAUCACAGAUCACCAAGAUGCGGCCAAAGAAGGGGGAGACAUACAUGCAAAAACGCGCCGUGGUACUCGGAGGAGAAGAGAAGAGGGCCCGGGAUCUCUUACAGAAACUCACAACGCUGCGCAACGAGAAGGUUGCCAAGAGAGCGGCUGCGCAGGAGGAGCGGAGGAAGGUCUAUCGGGCAAAGGUUGCAGAGAACCAGGAAAAGAAAGAGGCCAGGGAGAAAAAGGAGCGUGAUGAGUACUGGAGCCGCGAGGGAAAGAAGAGGAAGAAUGACGGAGAUGGCGGUGCGAGCCGGUUUAAGAAGAGAAAGUGA